CUCAGUGUUUCUUGAUGGGAGGAGCGGUGCGACUUCCCCACUUCUGCUCCCACUAUGUACUUUUACAUCCCUGCUGCUGCUGCUGCUGCUGCUGCUUACGUUUGGCUGGCAUAGCCAUAAUUUCCGCAUUCCCGAAUCCUCCCAGAUUGGGAUCACGUUUAAAAAAUCGGGCUGAUGCAACGGUUCCCACUUUUUAAAAUCUACUCUCGACCCUCGGCUGACCAGAAGAGAGGACAUUUGUUGCACCUGGGAUCAAAGUCAGCUGUGGUCACGACCGAGUCUGACGCGAUGCCAGGACAAAUCCCAGAUCCCUCUGUGACGGCAGGCUCGCUGCCCAGCCUGGGCCCACUGGCCGGGAUCUCGGCCACCACGCUGACUGACAAACUGAAAUUCAGUGACCUCCAGGAGUUUGGGACGAUGCUCUCACCUCUGCACUUCCUGGACAGCCUAGGGAAACGGCCCCUAGCCAUCAAAACAGAGAGAGAUGAAGAAGAAGAGAGGAGGCACCGAAGGCGAGAGAAAAACAAAGUGGCUGCAGCUCGAUGUCGAAACAAAAAGAAAGAGAGGACGGAUUAUCUACAAAAGGAGUCAGAGCGAUUAGAGAUGCUGAACUCUGACCUCAAAGCGCAGAUCGAGGAGCUGAAGCUGGAGCGGCAGCAGCUGAUCCUCAUGCUUAACCGCCAUCGCCCCACGUGCAUCGUCAGGACGGACAGUGUCAAAACCCCGGAGAGCGAGGUGAACCCGCUGCUGCAGCAGCUGGAGGCUGAGUAACAAAAAAAAAAAAAGAAAAAGGUGUGACAUGUUUCUACAAAUGACAGUUGAGAGGAAGCAGCACUUAGCUUUGGGCCAUGGCGGAGACGGAGGAGGAGGAGGAGGAGGACGCGGAAAACCCAGCCUCACCCCAAAGACACAGAGCAUUAAAGCACAAAGUGUGGGUCCAAUACGAUUGGCCUCUGUCAUGGCAGGUAAAACUUAUUUACUUUCCCCUGUAGCUGUCAUUUUUGGUUAUCAGUGCUCCAGCUGCUAUCGGUAUGAAGUUAAAAACACAACGCAUUAUUUCACACUCCUUGUUUUAUAUUUUAUUACAGCCAACGUUAUAAAAGUAACCCACUACUGAAUCACACAGUGACAUUAUAUCAGUAGUUUUAGUCAUUCAUUUGAAUUACUUUGACGUUUUUUUUACGGAUAAUAAUAAUAUAAAGCUGAAACCUAAGGGUUUAUAGCUGUUAGCUUGUAGCCACUGAACGGCAUUUAAUUUAGUGUUUUCAAAGUGAAUUUUGACUGAAAUGGGGGUAGUUUUGGGGGCAAUAGUGUCUACAAUUAACAGAUCUCUGUCAUAAAAUAAUAAGAAAAAAAGGACAACUUGAAUGCAUUAAGCAGCAGAUACUAAAUGAACUUACAUUUACAGACAGUCGUUGGAAGCGUUUUUAUCAGAUAAUAACACCUGACUUUUUAGUAAAUUUCAUGGCAGAGCGAUUGAUCCCCCCUCGUCCUUUGUUCCUAUGUUUUGGCGCAGGCGUCAUAUAUGCACAGAUUUAUAUAUAUAUGGACUGUUUACAUCAUACUUUAUUUUCUGUUAUCAUUUUGUUACUAUCGAUAUGUGUUUUAUACUUUUGUAUAUCGUAUAUUAUAUAUAUAUAUAUAUGCAUAUAAGCUAUCACAUUUUGUAUUUCCUUAUGUAAUAAAUGUUUAGUUUCUUUUUGUA